AACAAAAACAUUUCAGUUAAUGACCAUGUUCCUAACCUACUUCAUUUUAUAAUUAACAUGCUGGUGUUUUUAUUUUCACUUUCAAAUUUAAAUUUAGAGUGUUAACGUCACUGUUGGGGGGAUGGUGUUUAGACAUACUGCAAGAUCACGUCACGUUUUUCCUGUAGCAGUUAAUUUAUUCAACAAAGGACUCACAGGUUCUCAUCAACCGAAGAUAUCAUGACUAAAAUUCUAAAAGUUAAUUUUCAACAACUAAUCUGAGAGAAAACAGAAGGCAAGAGAGGAAGACGUGAAGAAAGUGUAAACACUGAGGUACGUUUUAAAUAUAUAUGUUAAUAAUAAAAAGCAGAAGUAGGAUAUGUAUGUACACUACCAAUUUAGACACACCUACCUGUAAGGGUUGGAAAGGUUUUCUUCAAUUUUACUAUUUUCUUCUAUUUUAGAAUAAUAAUGAAGACAUUAAGACUAUGACAUGAUGCAUAUGGAAUUAUGCAGUGACCAAGGAAAUUGUUUUAAAAUCAAGGACAUUUUUUCACUGUUUCACUGUUUUAGUAAGCCAUUGACUCUUACUAAAUAUUUCUAAUUUUACUAAAAGUGCAGUACUGAUACUAAAUGACUUGUUUAGCAUGAAACAUUAUAUGCUUGGUUUAGUUUCUCUAAUACAUGUAGAGUUUUAAUUAUUACCACAUUUGACAAUGUGGUAAUAAUUGAUUAGGUUAUACUCAAUAUUCUAUUGCUAUAAAAUAAAAAAGUACUAGGUCAGUACAAAAUCUUUUGCUUAGUAGUGAAUAAAACAUGAGGGAUAAAAUUGCAUGGAUAGUUUUUUAGUCAGUUGUGUAACUCCAAAACCUGUCUACUAUGUAUAAAGGACAGAACAUUUUAAAUUACAUAUGUAUAAGACACACAAGUGUCUUACAAGUGUGAAUAAGUAAACGCUACACAUUAUGACCAUUCAUUCCAUGGAGUGCCUCAUUCAGUGUUCAUUCAGUUUGACCAUAUCAUCUACAUAACACUAUGUUCAAUUCAAUUCAAUUUUAUUUCCGUAGUGCUUUUAACAAUGGACGUUGUCACAAAGCAGCUUUACAGAAAUAUAUAAAUUCAGGAUAUAAAUUUUAAAUUUAUAAAUUUAUGUAGCUUCAGGGUUACAGUUUUACAAUAUGAAGGAUUUAACCCCAAUGAGAGACUUAUACUGUUGUAAUGACAUGCUCUUUGUUGUUAGUUUCACUGCAGUUACUGAAUAAUUCAUGGUAGUUACUGAUUAAUAUGAUUAAUAUACCAUGAAUAACUGUAUAAAAAGGUUAAGACUGUAAGGGGUUAAGAUGCAUGUGCGCACCCAAUACAUGGCAGUAUAUAACGAAGAAUCAUCACCAAUUUCUCUUCAACAAAUGAGUGCAAUAGAUCCUGUAUUUUAGUUUUUAAAAUCAAGUACUAUUUCUAGUUGAGAACAUUUUUGAACUUCUUGUAACCUAGAUUUAGAAACAGCAAGAGCUAUUUUUGCAAUUUCCAAUGAGCUUUCUUUUGUUUUUUUCAUUUAUUUUCCUGGAAAAGUGGAACUGCUAGUCCCGUGCCCAUGACGUAGUAAACAGAAAAACAAGAAGUGAAAGAAACAUGGAUUAAUAAUGGAAAAACCAUUCAUGUCAGCAACUAUUUUGUAACUAAAGUGGAAAGGUUAAUAGUUGUGUAGUGCCCUGGGAAGACUUUUAACAUGAUGAAAUUUGAACACUUUCUACUAUGUAUAGUUCUGAAAAUGACAUGCUGUCCUGAAAUGAAAUGUUUAUCUGUCAGACAUAUCUCAACUCUGAAAAAAAAAAUGCAUUAUAUAGAAUUUUAAAAUUCUAAUUACCUCCAAAAAGUGAGAAAAAAGUGAAAAGUGAGAAAACUGCAUUUAAAGAUUACAAUUCUGCCAUCGACCCAGUUUAGGGCUUAGAACCUAAUCUAAUCAGUUUAGGGCUUAGAACCUAAUCUACUUCUGGACAAAUCACAUUAGUGACACCUUAUCAAGGAAUUAUAAGUUUACAAUGGGAUAAUAAUAUAUAUGGAUAAUAUAUGUAUAAUAACGUAUAAUCACUUUGAUCAUCAUCAUUCACAUCUGUCUUUAUAGUAAUCACUGUUCACACUUACUGUACAUUUAUGUAGAAAAAAAUUGCUGAUUUAAUCAGUCCAUUCUGUUGCCUAUAUUUCCAAUAUUUCUAUUAGGUCAUUUGAACAUUUAAAAACUUUGUCCGCUCUCAUCUCUACAGAGUGUGUAAGCAUGGAUAUCUGUUUUGAUCAUGAUGAAUCAGUGCCGGAGGACCGCAGACAAUUUGACAACUGGUAUCUGAUAACAAACUGAAAGAAUUAAACAUAUGUCUGUUUCACAAUUUAAAUAUACAUACACAUCUUUUCAACGUGUGGGGAAAAACACACCUAGCAAGGUUUUAGACAUCUUCAGACUUUUUAACCACAGCAUUUACGUUAAACUGACUCCUUACCCAACGUGAUCUUUGCAGAAAGUCUAUGCAAGAUUAAAAAGUAUAUUAAAAAAAACUUUUCCACCUCAUUUUGAUGACAUAUAUUUUUGUUUUCUUAAUUUUGUUUUCUGGACAAAACCUGAUUUUUCAUCUUUGGUUAUUGGUCAAGUUCACAUCUACUACAAAUCACACAUUUACUACAAAUGUGGUUGAUCAAGAUUGAAGAAACGUGGGAAUAUUCCUUUUAACUAUGCUUGUGGAUUCCUUGUUGGUUUUAGUUGUAAAACUGUAGACAAACUAUGUUGUUAAAAAAAAAUUACAGCUUUCUUUUUUAUAGUCAUAAACAAUACAUACAAAUUUUGAAUCAAGCAAAUUCUAAACUCAGACUGAUAUAAUAACCAUUGAUAAACAAUAAUAAACAUGCCCUGUUUGAUUCGUGUGUUUUGUUUUCGUUUUCUGGUUAGCUUAGCUCCUGUUGCCAUUCGUCAUGUCCACACCUACUGAUCACUGUUUACAUCUGUUCACUCUUAGUAGUCUUGUUUUGUGCCAUGAAUUAUAUAUUGUCAUUGGGGGGAAAAACUACACCCUCCCUCAAUUCUGUUUUUAUUUAUGUGGUCUUAAAUGUGUUGUGAAUUCUGAGAUGCUUUUCUGCUCACCAUAGUUGUACAGAGUGGCUGUUUGAGUUACUGUAGCCUUCCUGUCAGCUUGAACCAGUCUGGCCGUUCUCCUCUGACCUCUCUUAACAACAAGGCGUUUCCACUCACAGAACUGCUGCUCACUGGAUGUGUUUGCUAUCACAUUAUUCAAACCCUAGGGACUGUUCUGCAGUCUCAUGAAAAUCCCAGGAGAUCAGCAGUUUCUGAAAUACUCAAACCAGACUGUCUGGCACCAGCAACUAUGCCACGGUCAAAGUCACUGAGAUCACAUUUUUCCCCAUUCUGAUGUCUGAAGUGAACAUUAACUGUAUGAUUUUAUGCAUUGCGCUGCUGAUACAUGAGCGGCUGAUUGAAUAAUUGCAUGAAUGAGCUGGUGUGCAGAUGUUCCUAAUAAAGUGGCCCUUGAGUGUGUACAUAUAAAAAGCCUUGCAGGUGUAAAUGCAAUUCUGAGGCAUGGCCUGGUCUCUGUAUUUAGUUCCUGUUUCUCUAGUUUCUUGGUUGCAUAAUUACUUGUUUUUGCCUAGCUCACUACUUUUUAGUUCAUUGUUUUCUUUUUUUUUUUUUUAAAAGAAAUCCUGACAUCCCUGAGUAAAGAACAUUGCUUAUUCAAAAGAAGAAAAAGAAGAAAAACCUGUUACCAAUACACAGUUAAUUGCAGAAUUAUUGGCACCCUUCAAGAGAAUGGAUUAAAAUAACACCACGCACAUACACAUUACGGACAACAAAUCAUAUUUCCGUAUCAUAUUUUUGACACUGCUGAAAAAGCUUCUUGUACUUCCUUUUUUAAAUGUUUCUAUCAAAAAGAUGUAUAUUUAAAAUAAAUGGAAAGAAAUUGUCAUUCCUGAACAAUUUUUUUAAUUGCUACAAGACUCUUGCUAUUGACCAUUUUCUCAUUCUCUGCAGCAUAAAUAUGAGAUCAUCAGCAUGGGGGAAAACCAAGACAUCUGAACACAAAGAUAAAAAAAAAACUGAUGGUUGACCUGUCAACUACUGAGUACGAAAAUACAUUUGCAGUUGAACAUAUCUUUAAACACAACCAUGACCAUAAACAGUUGAAAUGUAUUUUUUUAUGGUUGAAAAAACAUUGUGGUGAAAAUAAACCUAUGGCAAGUCUCCACAUGUUUAAACUCAUUUUCUAUAUUCAUGCUGAUGUUUAUCAAUUAAUUUUGAUAAAAUGUAUCAAUUAAUUUAUCAAUUAAUAAUUCUGGAUUUCACUGGAAAUAGAAUUUGAGAGAGUUAAAAACACAUAACCCAGUGCAACCCAUUGCAAAUAAAGAAACAUUUCUCUUGUCAUUUGAUUCACAGGAUGUUGUUUCAUCUUUUAAAAAAAUUGUAGAAUGUUUUGAAAUUUUGUGAGAAAUAUUUGAUGAUUGUAAAUACUGUUGUCAACAUGUAUGCCUGUAUACCAUUAUAGAACUGUUCCAACAUCAUUAUCGUCAAUACACCAUCGAAGGGGUACACCUUUCUUAAAUCUGUUUUGUCUCUUCAUAGUUCACACACUAAUUAACUGCAUCUAGACAUUGAGAUUGGUUCUCAAAGUGGGGUCCAGUGAAACACUGGCAAGAGUCUGUAAAUUUUUUUUUUUUUUUUAACGUUUGUUACAGUGGUGGAAAUCACAACCCACAACCCAACCCAACGGGCCAUAGUCAGAGUUGUAUUUAUUGUUCUUAUUGUUAUUCAGACCUCAAACUAUAGACUUCAGACAGUUGCAUGAAAUUUACAAAAGUCUGAGUAAAACAGAGGUGUCAGUUACACAUGAUUUUGAACUUGAGCUUGAGCUUUUUUCUCGCUUGAUAUAUAGCAUGUAACCACAAUAUGUCACACUCAAAUGUAUGUUUUGGGCUGUAAACACACUCCAAAGAACAAUGGAAUGCCAUUUAAGGCAAUCAUACAUAUACAAAUAUGACAUAAUUAAUAAAUUAAUAGUAUCAUCUGUUUAAAGUCCACAAAAAAGUUUCUUUUUUUUUCACAUACAGGACAUCAGAGGAGACACCUUCAUAAUCUGAGACAUUAUUUAUCUGGAGGAGUGAAACUGUUAUGCGUAAAAUUAUGAAUUAAUCUAAUGUGCCAUAAGAAUAUCAGAUGAAUACUUGGUCAGCUUAUCAUUCAGCAUUCUCUGACUGGUCACCAGCACUGCACAGGUUUCAUCCUAAUCUCAGUAACUCAAAAACAAGCAGGCCUAGAAAUAAUGUCAACUUGAAGGGACAGUUUUAAUCAUUUUAUUUUUAGAUUGUGAAAUUAAUGUAAUUUAAAUUUAGAUUCACCUUUUUUUAAAUGUGCUGUAUGAGUGGGAAAAAAAUCCGGUUAUAAAAUCUCCAAUGACUCCAUGCCACAGUCUGAGAUCCUCUGCCUUUAGUGGUUAAACGGAGUCUUAAAUGCUAUGUCAGGUCAUAACAGGAAACUCAAACGGAGAGGAAGAUGUUAAAACGGUACAGGAGUACUACAGCUUGAGGUUCUGUAGAAGUGAAAGCUCUUGAGUAGGCUAUAGCAGUUCAAUGAACUCUUCUGCGUCAGUUGACAUUUAAAGUACUGAUUGAACUCCAGUGCUGUACAUGAAUGUCCGCAUUCAGCACCCAGAAGGACAGAACUAUGUCACCCUUCGAGUUGGUCGAGCUGUAAAGGCUGUGGGCGCGUGCUGGCGCGCGCGUGCGCGUGAGUGUGAGUGAGAGAGAGAGAGAGAGAGAGAGAGAGAUCAGAGUGGUGUGUAGAGGAGAGAAGCUCAGUGUACAGGUGAGAAUGAGGUAGUAGUGUGUUAUAUAUUAGUGCACAGGUUGUGUUUUUCUGAUGGAGAUGGCUGUCGUGCUCUGUUUGCUGUUACGUUACUGCGUGUUUGCGGUGACAUUCUUGGGCACGUCUUCCCAACUGACCCCGAUUAAAGAGGACAUUUUGGACUCUACCACAGAGACAAAUCUCCAGUGGAUAUCAGAACCACCCAAAGCUUGGGAAGAGAUUAAAUUAAAGCUGGGACUGGCCUCGGCCCACACUGUCUACCAAGGCUGUCAUUCAAAACUUAAAAACACACUAAAAACAUUGUGGACUAAAUGGAUUGCGAAGAAGGACGCCCAUGAGCUUCAGCUGGACCUGCUUUUUGCUCAAGAUGACCAAAUACCUCUCGCUAUUCUGUUACUGGAGUCUGAUACACCAGUGGAACGUCCUCACCCUGGACAAAAGAGGCAGGAGAUUGUAGCCCCACAGGCAUUUAUUCAGUCUGCUGGACUUCAGGACGUGGAGACACACCUGUUUCAUGCGCAGGGUCUAGACUUGGGAAAGAUCACAAGAAAUGGCUUUCAUUUGGGUUUCUCCUACAGUGGAUCAUGCAUGUUUAUUUCCUCCAUGCGGGUCUUCUACAUGAAAUGCCCAGGGCUGACAGUGAACCAGACUAGUUUUAGAGGAGCGUCAGCGGGGUCAGGGUGGAUCAGAGGCCAGUGUGUGGAUGGAGCUGAAGAAGUGUCUACCCCAAAGAUUAAGUGUGAGUCUAAUGGACAGUGGAGUGUAAUGCAAGGAUUCUGUGUCUGUGGAGCUGGUUAUCAAACCGAAGGGAACGUGUGUAAAGCUUGUGGUUUGGGCAGCUACAAAGCUGCCAGUGAUAGUGGAGAAUGUCAGCUUUGCCCAUUCAACAGCAGAACAUCCUCAGAAGGUGCUUCAGAGUGUGACUGUGAAGAGGGAUAUGCCCGACUGCAGGAUGACCCACCGCAACUAGGCUGUACAAGAUCUCCAUCAGCACCGCUCAACUUAACUGUCCAUCACUUGAGUAACACGGCCCUGAUUCUGAACUGGGCCACGCCUGCAGACCUGGGUGGAAGACGGGAAGUGAUGUAUGAUGUAGAAUGUAGACAAAACACAGGAGAAUCUCAUGCUGCAUGGGUUGCAUGUGACAAUACCAUGUUAAUAACACCAAAGUCCACAGGACUGACUGAAACAGUGGCCAACAUUACUGGAUUACAACCACAUGUGAGCUACCAGGUUUCUGUCAGAGCAUACAACAGAAUAUCUCAGAAACUGGGUACAUCUGGGGCUGCACAGUCCAUUACUAUAUUGAAGACUCCAGUAGUAAUCACCACUGUUCCUGUACCAACACCUGCUGCCCAGGAAGAGCUCAAAACUCCAGUGAUUGCCAGUGUGCUGUGUGGAAUACUGCUACUCCUGGCUCUGAUACCAGCUGCCUUCUGCCUUAUACGCAGAGGUUAUAGUAAAUUCAGAGAAGAUCAUGAAGGGGAGCUUGUGCCUUUAGAGAAUGUUGGUAGAGUAUACAGAUGCCCUGAAGAACCACAAACUACACCUCCUCAACAAACUACCAGUUCUGUUCCGAUUUUCGACAGCGUGAAUGAAAGACUGCUGUCUGGUAUUAAAGACGUGUUGGUAGAUCGCAGCCGAGUCACGCUGGGCAAAGAGCUCGGGAAAGGAGAAUUUGGGGCAGUUUAUGAGGGCAUAUUCUUAUCAGACGACAAUGUGAACAUCCAAGUGGCAGUGAAGACCAUGAAAGUUGGAAUUUACAGCCAGGACGAUCUGCAGUCAUUUCUUAAGGAAGCUGAAAUUAUGCAGCACUUUGACCAUGAUAACAUAGUGAAACUUCUAGGUGUCACACUGGAGACAGCACAGGACUUGUCCAUCCCUGUUCCACUUGUCAUCCUACCAUUCUUGAAACAUGGAGACCUGAGACGAUUUCUUAUAGCCACCCGCUAUGGUGACAUUCCUAUGUUCGUGCCACAUCAGUGCCUGCUACGCUUUAUGAUUGACAUUGCCUCAGGCAUGGAAUAUCUCAGCUCCAAGGGCUUUUUGCAUAGAGAUUUGGCAGCACGCAACUGCAUGCUGGGAGAUGAUCUGCAUGUACGUGUGGCUGACUUCGGCCUGUCCAAGCAGAUCUUCAGCAGUAACUAUUACAGACAGAAGGUUGCUAUCCGAAUGCCAGUCAAGUGGAUGGCCAUAGAGAGCCUUUCUGAUUCCAUCUACACUAUCAAGAGUGAUGUGUGGUCCUUUGGAGUGACCAUGUGGGAGAUUGUGUCCAGAGGAAGGACUCCAUAUCCCAGCAUCCCCAACCAUGAGAUUUUGGAACUGCUGGAGCGCGGACAUCGCCUCAAACAGGGGGACUGUGACAGUAAACUAUAUGAGGUGAUGCUAAGCUGCUGGCACAAAGAACCCUCUCAGCGGCCUUGUUUUGCAGAGCUGGCUCAGACACUCAAAGCUCUACUGUGUGAGCUUCCGCCCUUGGAGCCCAGUAAAGAGAACUACUACAUCAACCAGGGCCUGGAGGCAGCCAACGCCACCCAGAGCAGUGCUGCAGAGUCUGGCCCUGAGGGAGCUGUAGGAAACAUUUACUUGCCCUCGCCACUGCACAAAACAGACUGCUAAAAAAGAAGUGAAGAAGACACAGAAGAAGGAUAGCUGUUCUGCAAAAAAGUGUCAUGCAGACUGUCAAAAAAAGGAGGCACAAAAUCUUGCUGUACUGUACAUAGUGUUAUGUUUGUACACUGAUGUCUAUCUGUUUAUGCUGUGUAUCCAAUGCUGUGGAUGUUUAUGCUGUGUAUCCAUUUUUUUUUAUGAAUUAUGUAACCAACAUUUUCCUAAAUAGCUGAUACAUCUUUCUAAAGUUCAGUGUGCACGCUUUCUAUUUAUUGCCUACAGUAUUUUUAAUUCAGACAUUAAAGAUUGGUCUGAACAUGUGUCUAAACAUGACACUUAUCAACACCAUAAA